AAGAAUUUUCCAAGAUGGAGGAGACGGAGGAGAAGACUAUCGAGUUGGAGGAAGGAAUGGAGUGUGUUCAAAAGGGACUUAAUAAGUUAAAGAUAAUCAUAGAAGGAGAGCCGGAGUCAUUCACCUCAGACGAGUACGUGAUGCUCUACACCACUAUCUAUAACAUGUGUACUCAGAAAGCACCUCAUGAUUACUCUGAGCAACUGUACGAUAAGUACAAAGAAGCAGUUGAAGAUUACAUCAUUACUAUUGUUUUGCCUUCUCUGAAUAAGAAGCAUGAUGAAUUCUUGUUGAAGGAGCUUGAGAAAAGAUGGGCAUCUCAUAAACUUAUGGUCAAAUGGCUUUUAAAGUUUUUCCGUUAUCUUGACAAGUUUUUUAUCAAACGAGCUGAAGUCCCUGCACUUAAUGAAGUUGGUUUGAGUUGCUUCCGAGAUCUGGUUUAUCAUGAUGUGAAAGGUAGAGUUACAGAUGCUGUCAUAGCACUGAUUGAUCAGGAACGUGAGGGUGAGAAAAUCGACAGAGUAUUACUGAAGAAUGUGAUAGAUUUGUAUAUUGAUAUGGGAAAGGGAAGGAUGGAUUAUUACGUUAAUGACUUUGAAGAGGCAAUGCUUCGAGAUUCUGCCUGUCAUUAUUCUCGAAAAGCUUCAACCUGGAUUGUUGAAGAUUCUUGUCCAGAGUAUAUGCUAAAGGCAGAGGAGUGCUUGCAAAAGGAGAAGGAUAGAGUGUCUCAUUAUCUGCACUCUAGCACUGAGACAAAACUUCUUGAGAAAAUGCAAAAUCAGGUAUUGAUUACAUAUACCAAUCAGUUGCUUGAGAAGGAGGAUUCUGGAUGCCGAGCUUUGCUUAAAGAUGAGAAGGUUGAGGAUUUGACUCGAAUGUAUAAUCUAUUCCACAAAAUUCCUAAAGGGAUAGAACUAGUAGCAGAGAUUUUUAAGCAGCACGUAGCUGCUGAAGGCAUGGUCGUAGUGCAACAGGCUGCAGAUGUAGCAAAUAACAAGACCGAAAGCUCGGGUGGUUCACAGGAGCAGGACUUUGUCAAGAAGGCAUUUGAUCUGCAUGACAAGUAUAUGGUGUAUGUGAAAGGCUGUUUUGCUGAUAACUCUAUCUUUCACAAGGCUCUGAAAGAGGCAUUUGAGGUCUUCUGUAACAAAAGUGUUGCCGGCUCUUCAACUGCGGAGCUCCUUGCUUCUUAUUGUGAUAAUACCCUUAAGAAAGGUGGGAGUGAACAACUCAGUGACGAUGUUAUUGAGGAUACAUUGGAUAAGGUGGUCAAGCUUGUUACGUACAUCAGCGACAAAGAUGUGUUUGCUGAGUUCUACAGGAAGAAGCUUUCUCGCCGAUUGCUUUUUGAUAGAAGUGCCAAUGAAGAACAUGAAAGGCUUAUCUUAUCAAAGCUAAAGCAGCAGUGUGGUGGACAGUUUACAUCCAAGAUGGAGGGAAUGGUGACAGAUUUGUCAUUGGUGAAAGAAAAUCAGACCCACUUUCAGGAAUAUAUCAGCAACAACCCUGCAACAAAUCCUGGAAUCGAUAUGACUGUCACUGUUCUUACAACUGGAUUCUGGCCUAGUUAUAAAUCGUGUGAUCUGAAUCUCCCUGUGGAAAUGGCAAAGGGUGUGGAGUCCUUCAAGGAAUUCUAUCAGAAAAAAACGAAACACAGGAAAUUAACAUGGAUAUUCUCAUUGGGACAAUGUAACCUUAACGGAAAGUUUGAACAGAAAACUAUUGAAUUGAUUCUGGGAACUUACCAGGCUGCUGCACUAUUACUGUUUAAUGCUUCUGAUAAAUGGAGUUACUCUGACAUCAAGACUGAGUUAAAUUUGGCUGAUGAUGACUUGGUCAGAGUGCUGGCAUCUGUGUCAUGUGCCAAGUACAAAAUUCUUAACAAGGAGCCUAGCGGUAGAACUGUUUCAUCAACUGAUCAUUUUGAGUUCAACUCCCAGUUCACUGACAAAAUGAGGAGGAUUCGGGUCCCUUUGCCUCCUGUUGACGAUAGGAAGAAAAUGGUUGAGGAAGUCGGCAAGGAUAGACGUUAUGCAAUUGAUGCCUGUCUGGUGCGUAUAAUGAAAGCCAAGAAAGUUCUAACUCAUCAACAGCUAAUUUUGGAGUGUGUUGAGCAGUUGAGCAAAAUGUUCAAGCCUGAUGUCAAAGCAAUCAAAAAGAGGAUCGAAGAUCUUAUCACUCGAGACUACUUGGAAAGAGACCUGGAGAACACGAACACAUACAAGUACAUUGCUUGAGGUGCUGAUCUCAUACCUGGGCUGGUUGACAUUGUCUGCGCUUGACAAUACAUCGAAUAAGUACUGCUAGUUUCUUGGUUGUAGCUAACGCGUUUGCAGUUUCAUGUUGACAAUCACUGCACCUUGCCACCCUAUAUGAAUAGGAAACUUUUUGCAGUCUUAGAUAUCACUACAAUUCUUCGCAGUAUCACUAUGUAUUCCCCUUGUUCUUAUUUGUGGAAUGAGGAUCUUUGUAUAAGUCUUAU